AUGGCACCAAAGAUUGCAAUCGUUUUCUACUCCACCUGGGGCCACAUCAAGGCUCUGGCUGAGGCCGAAGCCAAAGGCAUCAAGGAGGCCGGCGGUUCAUGCGACCUCUACCAGAUCCCCGAGACUCUCAAUGACGAGAUCUUAACCAAGAUGCAUGCCCCGCCAAAGGACAGCAGCAUUCCAACCCUGCACGACCCAAGGACGCUUGAGCAGUACGACGCCAUGCUGUUCGGCAUCCCGACCCGUUACGGAAACUACCCAGCUCAGUGGAAGGCAUUCCUCGAUUCGACUGGUCACCAAUGGCAGACUGGUGCCUAUUGGGGCAAGUAUGUCGGCGUGUUCAUCAGCACUGCUACCCCAGGUGGUGGUCAGGAGAGUACUGCCAUCGCGGCCAUGAGCACUUUCGCCCACCAUGGCAUGAUCUACGUGCCGUUGGGUUACAAGACCACCUUCGGCCUCCUGGCUGAUAUGACCGAAGUCCGUGGCGGUAGCCCGUGGGGUGCCGGUACUUUCGCUGGCCCUGACGGCUCGCGUCAACCAACUUCGAACGAGCUCAAGCUCGCCACCGAGCAGGGCAAGGCCUUCUACGGCGCCGUGUCGAAGGUCAACUUCGCGUGA